AUGGACACAGGAUCAGAGCUAUCAUUCAUAGAUAGCAAACUAGUGGACGAACUUCAACUAAAGGUAGAAGGAAAUUCCACUUUACGUCUCAAGACGUUUGGAACUAAGCUGGCAAAAGAAGAAAAGCACCGUAUAGUACACGUGGAUCUAGUAGACAGAAUGGGCGACACACAUCCAUGCAAACUAUACGACUGUGCAAUUCUAACAUCCAAGACGGCGGAACCACAGCUCACGGACGAAGAUUUGAGCUACAUCAAAGAACGUGGUCUACAUCUAUCAACGAAGACCAACAAAGACAUUCAUCCACGCGUUCUCUUAGGAUGCGACUACCUAUGGGAAUUGAUGGAGAACGAAAAGCACAACUUACCCUCGGGCAUGCAUCUCAUUGGGACGAAGUUUGGAUUCAUGCUCUCAGGGAAAAAGAAAAAACCUGUGACGAAAGCAGCAUCCACUACAUUACAAACCAGUAGCGAAGAUAACGAGCUGGACAUAUAUGAUAACUACUGGAAGAUGGAAUCCUCAGGGAUCGAAGAAUACACAGGAACUGAGAAAGAAGACAAGCAGAUCCAAGAGGACCGAAUUCUCAAAAAAUUCAAGGAAACAAUUGUACGAAAAAAAGAUGGAUACUAUGUACGGCUACCAUGGAAGGAGCCUCACGAAUACCUACCAGAUAACAGAUCCAUUGCACUAGCCAGAUUGAAGUCACUGCUCAGACAGUACGAAGACCGCAAAGAAUUCCUACAGGAGUUCGAUAACAUCUUCAAAGAUCAACUCCAGAAAGGGAUUAUCGAAGUAGUGGAAGAAAAUGCCGGCAAACCUCGACCUAAAGGCAAAAUCAUCCACUAUCUGGCACAUCAAGCAGUGGUUAACCCAGAAAAACGAACAAACCGAAAGCGGAUCGAUUGGCUCACUAACGAUGACAUAUUAGUAGCCAGAUGCGACGGGGAACCGCUAAAAAGAGUAACGAAAAGAGCGGUACUACACGUCAACGCAUCAGUUUUCGAUCCAUUAGGCUGGCUCACACCGCUUAUGGUGCGAAACAAACACUUCUUCCAGCAGUUGUGGCUAAAACCAUAUGGAUGGGACGACUUGCUCUCUGAAGAGGACCAGGAGCAGUGGAAGAAGUUGUGGGAAUCCAUUGCAGGCUUCUCGAAGCAGCUACCGAGAAAACUAGGGACGAAGCAAGGAAACUACCAACUAAUAGCCUGCAGUGACGCCAGCACCUACGCGUUAGCAGCAGCUGUUUACAUUAGGCAAGGAACCGAACAGCACCUGCUGAUUGCGAAGUCGAAAUUACCUUCGUUAAAGAUGUCACAUACAAUCCCGAAGCUGGAAAUCAACGCCUUGACGAUAGCAGGAAGGCUGUUGUUAUCCACUUUCGAAGAAUUGAAGAAAACCAUCAACAUAAAAACAGUUUAUCUCCUCUCAGACUCGGAAAUAGCCUUGUUGGCUGAAGAACGAAAGCCCACAGAAGGCUACAGGAGUCUUACAGACUGCGCCACACGAGGUCUCACAGCCGAGGAAUUGCAACAUCAUAUAUGGUGGGAUGGCCCUCCGACCUCGCUCACGGACGAAAAUGCCAUUUACGAAGGGCUAGAACGAUUCCAAUUACCCCCUGAUCCUGCUGAAGUAUUGCAGAUCUCGAAUGCGAGUCACCCACUCAUACAGGUGGAACGAUUUAGCUCGCUUCGAAGACUGAAAAGAACCGUAGCGGACGGAGAGUCCAAAUCAAAUACGCCAAGUCGAGCUCAGAAUGUCAAACGGAAGAGUGCGAAGAGACCAGUAAACAGUCUCAUACCACUAGAAUUACUGGAUUCGGAUCCCGGCCGCGAAUACCUACCCACCCACAAAAACCCACCUACACCCACCGAACUUCCAAGCGAACCUUCACCUGAAACCCCAGGGCGCCCCAAGCGAAACACCUCCAAACAGUACCCGUACAGCCCCGAAGAGUACGAAAUCAAUUCCAUUAGCACAGACGAAAAAUCAGUUACACAGUCGAAUACGUCUAUUUUCAGAAUGGCGAACGAUCCAAACGAAUUCAUCGACAACUUCAUGAACACCUUCAACGAACGAAGUUCGAUGUCCGAAGAAUCGGAGCUUUAG